AUUGUUACUGCGUACAGCUGCUUCAACUCCGACAUCAAUUCCGGCCACUGCUUCGGCGAGCCCUUUGGGUUUCUAAGACAGAAAUCCUGGGAACCGAACUUCCGCCAUGAAUUGCACUCGCUGCUCACCCCGAUGCAUGUGUUUCGGUUCUUCAUGGUGCUGAAAGCAAUCGUGGGUCUCAUGCCAUCCGUGGCCAAGUGGUUGGAUCCCCGCGUGAAGGGCUUGGUGGAGGAGGGGAACGAGAAGAUGCCGGCGCGGGUGCACAAAGCUCGACUGGACUACCAGGCCGGGGAGGUCCCGAAACGACGGGCGAUCUUUCAUACUCUGGUUGCUUCGGAUUUGCCGGAGGAGAAGACGAAUCACAGACUAGGUGGAGAGAGUUAUUCGUUCAUUGCGGCAGGGACGGAGACCCUAACCGUGACAACCUUCCACCUCCUCCACAACCCCACCCUCCUUAACAAGCUCACCGAUAAGCUCCAUGCCACCGCCGCCCUCACUUCCCCCUGGUCCAACCUUGAAAAACUCCCCUACCUCCACGCCGUCAUCCAAGAGAGCCUCCGCCUCUCCUACGGCGUCAGCCAGCGGCUGCCCCGCAUCGCCCCCGACGAGCAUCUCACCUACCGUGGCGACUUCAAGGGCUGCGAACUCACCUAUGUGAUUUCCCCGGGUACACCGAUGGGCAUGUCCUCCGUGAUCAACCACCACAACGAAUCCGUGUUCCCGGAUUCGCACGCCUUCCGUCCCGAGCGAUGGCUGGAGGCCGAUGAAACGCAGCGCCGGCGGAUGGAAACCUGCUUGAUCUCGUUUUCGAAGGGUAGUCGGCAGUGUUUGGGGAUAAAUUUGGCGUAUUGCAGUCUCUAUGUCACACUGCCGGUUCUGGCGCUCCGUGUGCUUCCGCGGAUGAGGUUGUAUGAGACCACCGUCGGGGAUGUGGCCUACGAUCAUGAUCUGUGGUUUCCGAUGCCGAAGGAGAGUACCAAGGGGGUCAGGGUUAUUAUCUCGUAA